AGUUCUGACAUUCAUUCACAAAAUAAGAGCACACUGUUUCGAUCUCGCUGACUGUGAAGUGUGAAUGGAGGCAACCAUGUCCGAAGCUUCACGCCGUAUUUUGAGUCAUAUUGCAUUGAAACUUUCUACCACAAAAAAUAAUUAUGUGAUAGAGCUUUAUGACAGUAGCAUAACCACUACCUGCAGAAAAGUAUAAAGAGGCGGUAAAAUGAAGUGUGAAGCGAAUUUCCGAAAAUAGUAAAUUUUAAGUUUCUCAAGUUCUGCAAGAGUAGUCACAUUUCUUCGGUUCAGAAUGUUUGUUAAAAUUAUCGAGUAUAUAUUUCGUCAAAUCUGUAUAGUUUCCUUGUGCUACACAAAGAACUCAGCAAGGAUGGAGAAAAUUUCAGCAGAGACAGAAAUGACCUCCGUCUUGUUUGAAGCAAUAUUGAUAGAUAAUGGUAUAAUUCCCGAAGUUUUACACGACCCCCCAAAGUAUGUAUUACAUGUUACGUACCCACCAAAUUUGGAAGUUGACUUUGGUACGAUGUUGUUACCUAAAGACGUAGCUGUUCGACCAAAGAUACGGGAUUGGUACACAGAAACGGGCUCUUAUUACGUUCUUGUUAUAACAGGAAUGGACGAGCCAUGGUGUGAGAACUCGACGCAAUUUAUGUACCUGUACUGGUGUAUUGGCAACAUCCCCGAAACCAACAUUUCAGCGGGUCAUGUAUACGCUCCGUACCUCGGUCCAAGACCGCGCAAAGACACCGGAGCUCAUCGGUAUGUUUUCAUCCUGUAUCGACAACCGGAAAAACUGGAUUUUGACUUGCCAAAUUUAUACCGCGAUCGCAAUGAUGUUCGCCGAACUUGCUUCUCGACGAGGAAGUUUUGGACACACUAUAAUCUAACACCAUGGGCCUCUAACUUCUUUUUGUCCAAAUACAAUGAAACAUUGCCGUUUCCACGAACCACUCGUAAAUCUCCUUCAUGGAUACUUCCCACAGCACUCCCAACAAUUUUUUCGUUUAUCAACCUUUUAGAAAGACGGCCGCGGAAAUCACAAGCUGAAGAAAAAAUAGCUGCCUCGGAUCUGAAGCGCCAAGCAAAUUUUGUAAUCGAAAAACUUCUGACACGUCGCCAUCAGCAUGACGCUGCCGACGAUUCGGUCGUUGUCCGUGGUCGUGGAGAAAGACGGCAAGGCCCAGUCGCACAAGUCGGCGUCUUUCAAAUGUCCCCGCAUCAACCCCACGAUGGAUUCGACCAGCAGGGCGUAGUUUGCGGUGUGCAGAGUCCCGACAGAUUCCGCCACCAGUUCGGCUUUUCCCUCGUGAGCUACGGUCUGGGACCGAUGCUGUGUAUUUCAGCGAGCAAUUGUGAAAUGUUCAGUCAAUUUUUGCACUUGCAAUUUCGGUUCGUGAAUGUUAUCCUCGCUGUCCUGUUAACCAUCUCUCUGGUUCCAUGUGUCUUACCUUUGUAUCCCGACAUUUUAAACGUCAGUGCGGAGCAAGUUUUUUAUUUAUUGAACAAAACGAGAAUUUUGGGUGAUGUCAUACAGAAGGCUCCAAAAUAUACAUGCAUGGUAUCAUAUUUUGAGAACACCGCCGUGGAGCUGGGGAACGUUCUUGAGGCAAAGCUGAUCAGAUAUCCUCCCCACUGGUGCCGGUGGACCGGUGAAGAGAGUAGCUACUACACAUUUUUGGUGACGGGUCCGGACGAGCCAAGUAGAGAACAUCCCGUGGAAGGGGAAUAUAUUCACUGGCUUAUUGGAAAUAUAAAGGGUGACAAAAUACUUCAAGAAAAAGAGUACAUUUAUGAAUACAUUGGACCUGAUCCAAAAAAAGGAACAGGGAAACACAGAGUAGUCUACUUAGUAUUCAAACAACCCGAUGGAAAGUUAAAGUUUGAUGAACCAAGAUUAAAUGACAGCACGCGAGAAAAUCCACGUAGGAAGAACUUUUCCUGUGGCAAGUUCGCGAAAAAGUACAAUCUUGGUGACCCUGUGGCUGCUAAUUUUCUGUACGUAGAGUGGGGGCUCAACAAGUCGAGAGUUAUUCCUCCGUGGUCAAUGGGAGGAAAAGUUACGCUGCCAACACAUCCUGACUAUGUCUGGGAUCCAGAAGAGAAUAUGCCGUGGUUUUUGAGCAAAAAGGAUCUGGAGAAACCGGUCACACCAGAACCCUUUUGAAUGAUGAAUAUAAUGAAUAUACUCUUAUGAAGAGAUUGCUUGUGCAAUCAACAUUGAUAAGGAAUAACUGAGCAUUUCUGAGGCGCAAACAUAAAGUUAGGCAAAGCGUAUCGAAUCGACAAUAAAAAUUAGAAAAUUAACCUUUCCCAUCAUUCAGAUAAAAGACAAAAAAAAUAUAUUAAUGAAAGUGACAUUUGCUGAAUAAAAACAGAAACAUUUUUUAAGUCAAUA